UCAAAAUUAUUAGCAUACACCAUAGCACCCACUGAGGAUUUGUUCUUCAACACAUUUGCUCUUUAUGACUCCUACUGGGUGUUCGCUAGCAAGUUCUUAAGGCCAUUUGUUAGACGUUUUUAAAAACUUCAGCAGGUGAAUAGGGCGUAAUACACUUCUCAAGUCUUGACGGUGCGAUGUGGCGUUAUUUCCUACACUCUUUCUACAUCUUUUUCUGCCUUAUUUUGACUUUCGCGUUGACAAAAGCAUUCAAAAACAAGCAAUUCCAAAAGGAAGACAAUAAGUACUUAAAUGUCACAGAGAAGGAUACUUUCCAUGUAGAUAAGGUAUCGCAGUGUGCUGUUAAAAGCUUAAAAGACGAUUCCUUACUUUCGUUUAACUUUAAAAAGGAAAGAUCAAACGACGGGAAAUACUUGUGCGAAGUGUUACGUACCGAUAGAUACAUCAACUGGAAAAAUUACACUGAUAAUGCCGGCUAUCAGCAUUUCAACGCAAAGAGCGACUGCAUAUCACGGCCCUGUCAGCACGGUGCUACAUGCCUUGCGCAGUACCCUUGUACCGCAUACAUAUGCUCCUGUACACCAGGGUAUACGGGAAAGCAUUGUGAAACAGAUACCAAUGAAUGUACAGAUGGAUCUCACACGUGCUCAAUCAAUGCUGCGUGCACCAAUACCGUUGGGUCGUUCACGUGCGCCUGCAACGCGGGAUAUACUGGAAAUGGGCACACAUGCCAGGAUACCAAUGAAUGUGUAGAUGGAUCUCACACUUGCUCAAUCAAUGCUGCGUGCACCAAUACCGUUGGGUCGUUCACGUGCGCCUGCAACGCGGGAUAUACUGGAAAUGGGCACACAUGCCAGGAUACCAAUGAAUGUGCAGAUGGAUCUCACACUUGCUCAAUCAAUGCUGCGUGCACCAAUACCGUUGGGUCGUUCACGUGCGCCUGCAACGCGGGAUAUACUGGAAAUGGGCACACAUGCCAGGAUACCAAUGAAUGUGUAGAUGGAUCUCACACUUGCUCAAUCAAUGCUGCGUGCACCAAUACCGUUGGGUCGUUCACGUGCGCCUGCAACGCGGGAUAUACUGGAAAUGGGCACACAUGCCAGGAUACCAAUGAAUGUGCAGAUGGAUCUCACACUUGCUCAAUCAAUGCUGCGUGCACCAAUACCGUUGGGUCGUUCACGUGCGCCUGCAACGCGGGAUAUACUGGAAAUGGGCACACAUGCCAGGAUACCAAUGAAUGUGUAGAUGGAUCUCACACUUGCUCAAUCAAUGCUGCGUGCACCAAUACCGUUGGGUCGUUCACGUGCGCCUGCAACGCGGGAUAUACUGGAAAUGGGCACACAUGCCAGGAUACCAAUGAAUGUGCAGAUGGAUCUCACACGUGCUCAAUCAAUGCUGCGUGCACCAAUACCGUUGGGUCGUUCACGUGCGCCUGCAACGCGGGAUAUACUGGAAAUGGGCACACAUGCCAGGAUACCAAUGAAUGUGCAGAUGGAUCUCACACGUGCUCAAUCAAUGCUGCGUGCACCAAUACCGUUGGGUCGUUCACGUGCGCCUGCAACGCGGGAUAUACUGGAAAUGGGCACACAUGCCAGGAUACCAAUGAAUGUACAGAUGGAUCUCACACGUGCUCAAUCAAUGCUGCGUGCACCAAUACCGUUGGGUCGUUCACGUGCGCCUGCAACGCGGGAUAUACUGGAAAUGGGCACACAUGCCAGGAUACCAAUGAAUGUGCAGAUGGAUCUCACACGUGCUCAAUCAAUGCUGCGUGCACCAAUACCGUUGGGUCGUUCACGUGCGCCUGCAACGCGGGAUAUACUGGAAAUGGGCACACAUGCCAGGCUAAGUACAUCAGUAUCAGUAUAACGUCAAGGGGGCUGGAUGACCCAUACUUUCAGUGGGGGAACUCGAUCAUGGUGAACAAUGUCAAUCUAGGGCCUGUGCCUUCACGAGGACACAAUAUUGUGGCCCUCUAUCCAACGGGCGCGCUUCAUUCUUCAAGAUCUUUUGAUACAUACGGACAUUCAGGUUCCGGCAACAAUAUGGCUAACUACCUUAAUUCACUACCUAAUAACAUGAUCGUUCUCGUCUCAGUCCUUGAUUCUGGCGAAACGUAUGGAGGUCCCGCGGCCUCUGCUCUCGCAAGUGUGGGUGCUGUAGAACCAGUGCUCCCCCUUGGGUAUCGGGAGUCUUGGGCACUGAUUGGCUACAAAGGCGGGAGUAAGCCGUGGAUUAAACAAGCGAGAAAAACAAGAUAUAAUGGCCCCGCUGUCAUAUCAGCAUACAUCCAAGAGGUGCACCCGUAAGCAAGUCCACGAUAUACAAAGAAACUGCUUACUUAGUAGCCGACCACUGCACACUAAAACGGAUUCGAUUGAAACCUUUCUUCCACACUAACACGCGCGCUGGAUCCAGCGAAUCCGGUUACUUUUAAAAAGGCCGUCAAAAGUGAAUCAAAAUGAAUCCGUAUACUUUGGUCCUAAGUGUGGACGGUCGAAUCCGUAUCGAAAUGAAAACGAUGGCGUCAUAUCGCAGGCGCGCGCUGCUUUGAGCAUGCGCAUAUAAUAAAAAUGACCUCACCCUGUACCUGCGUUUUCAAACGUUUGAAUCCGUGUUAGUGUGGACGGCUGGAUCCAGGCGAACACGAUGCGAAAACGAUAGUGUGGACGCGAAUCAAGUUUUCGGUGUUUUCGGCGAAACGAAUCCGGAUUUUUUUUAAUCCUUAGACUCCUUAGACUCACUGCUUACUUAGAAUCACGAGAGACUUGGUUGAGCUCACCCACCUACCAAACCGAGGAGUCAGUAUUCAAAAGCCAGUGCUGUAGCAGGCCUCAGAAAAUUGGGGAGGGGGGGGGUACUCAGUCUUUGUUUGGGUUUAGGGGUGCCGCUGGGGGUUUUGAAACCUGACACUGUCUAGGACAACACCCUCAAUUUUAGGACCCUGUUAGCAAGUGAGAGAAAGCAAGGCAAUCAGAUCGGCUGCGGGAUCAGUGAUUACGAGUUUUAGCAAGGCAACGAAAUCGGUGCCCUGUUUAGCACAGCCUUGCUUGAAAUUAUGUACCCUGUUCAUGACAGAGAGGCCUGAAAUAUAUACCCUGUUCAGGACAGAGAGGCCCGAAAUGUAAACCCUGUUUUGGACAGAGAGUUAAAAAACCAUACCCUGUCCAGCUGCACGUCCCCGUAUAGCCCAUAUCAUCCCCUUCCCCCCCCCCCCCCCCCCCCCCCCCCCCGCCGGCACGAUACUGAAACAUCGAGAAAAUAUUUGGGGAUACAGCCACACUAUUUUUUUUAAUUCCUUGUAAUUUAUUUAUUAUUGGGGCCCGCACCCCCUUGCGGCCCUAAAAGCACAAGACAAGCUCCACUAUUGUAUGGUUUAACUUAUAUUAACUCUUGGUCUGAAAUGUCGGUUUAUUAAAGGUAAAAUUUAAUACUUCCGGGGAAAAUAAGCAAACCAGAUCAAACAUAACGACAUAACUGUUUGUAUGGCUUUCUGGCUGAAGGGAUGCCAGAGCAAGAGAUAGCGAGAAGGCAGGACAAAACUUUCUGUCUGAAGAAAUUCCAAAAGCCAGAGAUAGCAGGAAACCAGUUAUAGAUUCAUAGAACAUUUUUUGUAUUUUCAGUGUAUUUUAAUCUUCAAAAAUAAAAUAGCAUGUCACAAAA